GAGAGGGGCUGUCUCUUUAAGAGGAUACAUCUCUCUCCGCGUCUGUCCACUACUAUUGCUCAUUUUGCUGUGUGAACUGAACGCGUUUACACUCAGUGCUAUUCGUUGGGGCUGAAAAGUUUUGUUUUGGCCAGUAUGGAUGGGGCUCCGAAUUCGUUUGGAUGAGUCCGUGCGCUUGUGCUUUGCAACUUUCCCGCGCGCAGCCUCUGUUGCUCCUUAUUUCACCGAACAUCCAAGGUGGAAAGUUAAAACCGCGUGGGAUAUGGUGACAAACGAGUGAAUUCACAAUAAACCAAGACGGAAAAUGCAGAAGAGUGUUCGAUACAAUGAGGGACACGCUCUGUAUCUCUCCGUUGUCGCGCGUAAAGAGGGCACCAAGCGAGGGUAUCUGUGCAAGAAGACCACAGAAAACAGCAAAUGGCAUGAGAAAUUUUUUGCACUUUAUCAGAAUCUCUUGUUCUACUUCGACACCGACCAGAGUGCUCGACCAUCAGGGAUUUAUCUCCUGGAAGGAUGCACGUGUGAAAGGGUCCCCGCGCUCAAAGUGGCCACCGUUGGCAAAGAGACGCUUGACAAGCUGCACUAUUUCCUCAUCGUCUUCGGCCAUGAUGGACAGAAGCCUCUGGAACUGCGGACAGAGGAGGAGGCGGAAUGUGAUAAAUGGGUGGAGGCUAUCCAGCAGGCCAGCUACUCUGACAUUAUCAUCGAACGUGAGGUUCUCAUGCAGAAGUACAUCCACCUGGUGCAGAUUGUGGAGACGGAGAAGGUUGCUGCCAAUCAGCUCCACACACAACUGGAAGACCAAGACACAGAGAUUGAAAGGCUUAAAGUAGAGAUUAUAGCCUUGAACAAAACUAAGGAAAGAAUGCGUCCCUACCAUGUCUACCAGGAAGAAGAGGACCCUGAUAUCAAGAAAAUAAAAAAGGUUCAGAGUUUCAUGCGAGGCUGGCUGUGUAGAAGAAAAUGGAAGAUUAUUGUGCAGGACUACAUCUGUUCUCCUCACGCUGAGAGCAUGAGGAAGAGGAACCAGAUUGUCUUCAACAUGGUGGAGGCCGAGACAGAGUACGUCCAUCAGCUUUCCAUCCUGGUCAACUGCUUCCUGAGGCCUCUCAGAAUGGCCGCCAGCUCCAAGAAACCACCCAUAAGCCAUGAUGAUGUCAGCAGCAUCUUCCUUAACAGUGAGACAAUCAUGUUUCUACAUGAAAUAUUCCAUCAAGGCUUGAAGGCGAGGAUAGCGAACUGGCCCACACUGGUUCUAGCUGAUCUCUUUGAUAUCUUGCUGCCAAUGCUGAACAUCUAUCAAGAGUUUGUGAGGAACCAUCAGUAUAGUCUUCAGGUUCUGGCCAACUGUAAGCAGAACCGGGACUUUGAUAAACUCUUAAAGCAGUAUGAGUCUAACGCUGCCUGUGAGGGGAGGAUGCUGGAAACCUUCCUCACAUAUCCAAUGUUUCAGAUUCCUCGCUAUAUCAUCACCCUCCAUGAGCUACUGGCUCAUACACCUCAUGAGCAUGUGGAAAGAAAAAGUCUAGAAUUUGCCAAGUCCAAACUGGAGGAACUCUCCAGGGUGAUGCACGAUGAAGUGAGUGACACAGAAAACAUCCGUAAGAACCUGGCGAUUGAGCGCAUGAUUGUGGAGGGCUGUGACAUCCUCCUUGACACCAGCCAGACGUUUGUGAGGCAAGGAUCUUUGAUCCAGUUGCCCUCCGUGGAAAGAGGGAAGCUCAGUAAGGUUCGGCUCGGUUCUCUCUCUCUCAAAAAGGAAGGAGAGAGACAGUGCUUCCUCUUCACAAAGCACUUCCUUAUCUGCACACGCAGCUCGGGAGGCAAACUUCACCUGCUCAAACAAGGUGGUGUGCUGUCCCUGAUAGAUUGCACUCUCAUUGAGGAACCGGACGCCAGUGACGAAGAUGGUAAGAAUUCAGGGCAGGUGUUUGGUCAUCUGGACUUUAAGAUUGUGGUGGAGCCCUCAGACACUCCUGCUUUCACUGUAGUUUUACUGGCACCCUCACGUCAGGAGAAAGCAGCCUGGACCAGUGACAUCAGCCAGUGCAUUGAUAACAUCCGUUGUAACGGCCUGAUGACCAGCGUGUUUGAGGAGAACUCCAAAGUCACAGUGCCGCACAUGAUCAAAUCUGAUGCACGUCUCCAUAAAGAUGAUGUUGACAUUUGCUUCAGCAAGACACUCAACUCCUGCAAGGUUCCUCAGAUCCGCUACGCCAGCGUGGAGAGAUUGCUUGAGAGGCUGACCGACCUGCGCUUCCUCUCCAUAGACUUCCUCAACACCUUCCUGCACACCUACAGGAUCUUCACCACUGCCACUGUGGUUAUGGAGAAACUGGCUGACAUCUACAAGAAGCCUUUUACCUCCAUUCCAGUCAGGGUCCAGUAUCACUCAUUUGACCGCUUGUCCAUUACAUCCAUCUGCCCAGACUACAGCCUGAAGAUCAGGAAGAUAGCAUUGGAUCAGUCAAAGUCUCUGGAGCUCUUCUUCGCCACCAACCAGAACAACCGCAGUGGGGACCAUGUGAAUGAUAAAUCCCCCAGACUGUGCCGCAAGUUCUCCUCUCCUCCACCUCUCUCCAUCCCCUCUCGUACCUCGUCUCCAGUUCGCACCAGAAAACUCUCCCUCAAUUCUCCUGUUGGAUCUAAAGUAGGCAUCCUGGAUCUGUCCACUACCUCAUCAUCUGCAGCCAGUAGUCCAACCAUCUCACCCCCUCCCUCCAACAACAAGCCCCCAUUGGAUCUCUACCAUGGACCGAGUCCGUCCUCCCCCGAGCAGAGCCCUGGAGCUCUGGAUGAGAAUGCUGAGGUGCCCCGAAUUGAUGCCCUCUGUGGCAAACUGCGGCGCAGCAUCAGGAGAGCUGUGUUGGAGUCUGUGUCUCUGGACAAGUUUAUCCCAGAGUCGCCUCAGGGCAGUGAACCAGGAGAUAUCUCUCCCUGCCGCUCCCCCUCCACUCCACGCCACCUCCGCUACAGACAGACAGGAGUCCAGUCAGCUGAGAACUCGCGUUGUUCCGUUUCUCCAGCCUCUGCAUUUGCUAUCGCCACGGCAGCAGCUGGACACAGCAGCCCUCCAGUUUUUAACAAUUCUGAGCGGACUUGUGACAAAGAGUUCAUUAUAUGCAGGGCGGCAACCAACAGAGUUCUGAACGUCUUGCGCCACUGGGUCUCCAAACACUCACAGGACUUUGAAAUGAAUGGGGAGCUGAAGAUGGGAGUGAUCUGCCUGCUGGAGGAGGUGUUGAGAGACCCCGACCUUCUUCCCCAGGAGAGAAAAGCCACUGCAAACAUACUAAGUGCCCUUUCUCAAGAUGACCUGGAAGAUGCGCAACUGAAAAUUGAAGAUAUCCUUCAAAUGGCUGAAUGCCCAAAGACUGAGUGUUUUGAAUCUCUGUCAGCGAUGGAGCUAGCUGAGCAAAUCACUCUUCUUGAUCACAUCGUCUUCAGGAGUAUCCCAUAUGAAGAGUUCCUGGGCCAAGGAUGGAUGAAGACAGAUAAGACAGAGAGAACUCCAUACAUCAUGAAGACAAGUCAGCACUUCAAUGAUAUGAGUAAUCUAGUGGCCUCUCAGAUCAUGAGCCACACAGAUGUAGGCUCAAGAGCCAGCUCCAUUGAAAAAUGGAUAGCAGUGGCUGACAUUUGCCGUUGUCUCAACAAUUAUAAUGGCGUUUUAGAAAUCACAUCCGCCCUGAACCGGAGCGCCAUCUACAGGCUUAAGAAGACAUGGGCUAAAGUGUGCAAACAGACUAAAGCACUAAUGGACAAACUCCAAAAGACAGUGUCUUCUGAGGGAAGGUUUAAAAACCUAAGGGAAACUCUAAAAAACUGUAAUCCACCCUGUGUUCCAUAUCUUGGUAUGUACUUGACGGACCUAGCAUUUAUCGAAGAGGGAACCCCCAAUUUCACAGAGGAAGGUCUGGUUAACUUCUCAAAGAUGAGAAUGAUAUCUCAUAUCAUUCGAGAGAUUCGACAGUUCCAGCAAACUCCCUACAGAAUUGAGCACCAACCAAAGGUCACACAGUACCUUCUGGAUAAGACCUUGAUUAUGGAUGAAGACACACUGUAUGACUUAUCUCUCAAGAUUGAGCCCAGACUUCCUGCAUGAACUACAACCUCGGUUCCUGGCAGCUUCCAUCUAGAUGUGCUUUCUACUCUUGGGAUGUAAUGAAGGCAUGAGGCAUGCCUAGUGUUUCAGAAAGAUGCAGUAGCGAGAAAGAGUUUGAAAGGGUCUGGGUUUGGAGGAGAAGGUCACUGGCCACUGGAUAACAAUAGGCCACUGUCAGAGGUCAGGCAUCCUGAGAGUUUCAGGGUCUAGUAGAUGAAUGUCUUCAGUCUUUAUUAUGAAGAUAGUGGACAAGUAAAAAGGUGAAAAUGUAAAAGAUGUAGCAUGAUGUAGAACUAUAUGCCAGGUCUUAGUGUGUAAUGUAUUGUGGACCUCAAGCCUGUGGUCCUUUGCACAUCCUCUCAUUGGUAAUGGUAGUGACUGUGUGCAUGAGCUAGACUUUGGGUUAACUGUGUGCUUUGCCUCAACUUUACACUCCAUGUGCUAUCCCACCUGACAACAGCUGGCAGCACUGAACCAAAAUAUCACAUGACAACUGUAAUACAUAUAUAUAUUGGUCUUCUAAGUAAUGGGAAUGUACAGAAGCUUUCUUAAAUACAAUUCAGUUGUAGAUGCUAUUUAUUUUUCAUAUUGCCCCCAAAGCUAUGUGAGCUUUAUAGAAAAUGUGUGAUAGAUACAAAUAUUUUUUUCAAUGUGCCUUUUCACAUUCACUAACACAUUAGUAACUAAAAUCUAAUGUCUCAGCAAUGCUUGAAAGUUAUAUUAUUAAAAUAUGAUUUGCCCCUGUAGCAGAGUGAUGAUGGAAAGGAGAUAUUCAAACAACAGGUUGAAGUAUAAAUUAGCAUUUUCUUUUCUAAAUCAAUGUAAUUCUAAAAUGAAUUCUUAUUUUAGAUGCACAAUAUGCAUUUACGAUCUUUUCCUGGUCUUUUUUUUUUUAUUUAAGGCUUUACUGUUCCCUAUUGGAGGAAAUGCUCCUUAUUGUUGAAUGAUUUUUAACCAAAUAACUGGAACCCAGUUCUGACUCUUGAGUUUUACAAUAAUCAAUACAAUAAGUUUUUCUGCUUUCUAAAUGUAAUUACCCCACUGCUCAGCUAAGCAAAAAAGAGGGGCUUUCCAGUAUUUGCAUGAAACAUACAGUGAUCGCAUGUUGGGAAAUGCAUUGCAAGACAUGUUGUGUGGUCAUGUAUUACUCAGCUGCUGUGUAGCCUCUUUGAAAUCUCUAGAAACCUCAAGCAAAAUAGAUAGAUACAUAUAUUAAACUUUUAAUCUGACUGCAAUUCCUUAUCUAAAUAGUUUGUUCAUACGAGCUUGAGAUUUCAUAUGCAUAGACUGGCAGAGAACUGUCAAAUUGGCCAUAAAUAUAUAUCUACCACUGUGCUGUAUGAAGACAAUGUCGUUUUAGUCUGAUGUAUCCUUUCCUCGGAGUGGAACAGUUUUUUAUUCUUUAUGUGCGAGUGUGAGGUGCACGAAAGCAUAGGUGUGAAUGUGAUGCCAAAAGUGAGCAGGUUUGAUUGGUGUGAGUUAUACUCUCAUCAAUGUAGCGUUGUAAUUUUAGACAAGUGUGAAUCAGUAGUAUUUAUUUCCUAUCAUAUUUAUUUGACCCUUUUUGUAUAUAGUGUGUCUACGGGUUUAUGAUACAAUGUAAUUUCUUUUUUCCUGUCACCAUGUAAGAUUUUCAUUUCUGCAAGUACUCGUAAUAUAUUUGUUACAUUUCACAAUAUAUGUUUAGAAAAAUGUAGCAUAACUGAUUCAUUUAAAAUCCUGUCUUUUUUUUUUUUUUGUAUUGUUUUAGUGUGAUGUGCACACCGGAUUAUUGCUUUGGUAUGUUGCAUGUUUCUGCAUGUCCAGGUUGGAUUCCUUCUGUAAAAUCUGCGUUUUGUACAUUUCUGUAUGAUAAUAUUUGACCUCUUCCUCUUUAUUUUUGCUUACUGAUUCUCUUGGAGAAGGUACAGCUUCAGUACUUCAAUUCUAUGCUUUCAUUUAAAAUAAACAAAACAAACAAAUA